GAUAGCAUCUUAGAAAAUGACCAAAAGAAGGACACUAUAUGGCGAUAAAAUUGGGAGUUAUUACUACGAAAGCCACGUUUUUCACCCAAACAUCGAUUUUCUAUCUUUAGAUAAGGUGGACCCACAGACUCUGGGCAACAUUCUUUGACAUUGGGUAGUUCGCGAGGCAUUUAAAACGGGUUUCAUCUGCGGCGGAAAAGGUGCACCCUUAGCCGUUUUUUUUUUUCUCUCCCAUCGACAAGAAUGUCGCGAAACAACAAAAAUCCUCUUAUCCAGAAAAUAGCAAAACAAGCCUUCACGACUUUUAAAGGUUUGAAAUGCUCGGAACACGGAGAUAGUAAAGUUUUUGCAGAAAAACAGGCCAAGCUCAUUUCCUUAGUGACCGCGCUUCGGGCUAAUGAUCUCAAGAUCGCUCCCCGGGAAAACAAAGCGACCUCCGGGACAUCGGAGCUUGAGCCUCCCCCUGUCACCUACAUGCACAUUUGUGAGACGGACGUGUUCAGCAUGGGGAUAUUCCUACUCAGAACCGGAGCCUCCAUACCUCUCCACGACCAUCCAGGCAUGAACGGGAUGCUGAAGGUCCUCUACGGGAAGGUGAACGUCAGUUGCUUCGAUAAGUUAGAAAGUGGUCAGACAGUCGGCAGUGCCCUUCCUCGCUUUGAGACCCCACCGGCUCCGUUCCAACGCGCUUCUCUGCGACGUUCCUUGCUCCGAUCGGUGACUGAGUACUCGGAGAACAGCGGACCGUGCCUCCUUACGCCGUUACGGGAUAAUCUCCACCAAAUCGACACAGUGGACGGACCCGCCGCUUUCCUCGACAUACUGGCGCCGCCGUACGAUCCGGACGACGGGCGGGACUGUCACUAUUACAAAGUUCUGAAAACUGUGGCAGAUAACCAGGAGCUGCAGGAAGAGGAGCGGGGGAAAGAGAAAGAAAUGUGGCUUUUAGAAAUUCCUCAGCCGGAGGACUUCUGUUGUGGAGGAGAGCCUUACCCGGGUCCCGUAGUUUCUGUGUGAAAACCCGUGGAACUAUAGCAGUACUGCAAUGCGUAUUGUGACAUUAACUCAUUUCAUUUAUGAACAGGGAAGACAAAUAUCAGGGUCGUUCAUACCUUGAGUGCUUUAUUAAAAAGCUACAAAGAAAGUAAAUUAAGUUGAGGUUAGUGACAUACUCUACGCAGUGGAAAUUCAACUAUUUAGUAUUGGAUUGUAAUUGUGAUUUUCCAGAAGGAUGUCACUUUUUUUUUUUUUUUUUGGACCAUUUUGCCUUGUACACAUGAAUGUAAUCUUGAAGUAGAAUUUACUCUGAAAGAUCUGAUUGCUCAGAGCUUGUAUCUCCAAGUUGAAAUACCUUGGACUAACAGAGGUGUUGAUUACUUAAAUCAGAGCACAUUAUUUGAGUUCUCGUCGCAGAACAAUAAGCUUUAAAAUACUUUUGCAAUGCAUAAUCACUAGUUUUAUCCUUAUUUAUUCCCAGCUAAAGAUGUUUUUUUAGCAAAUGCUAUACACAUUUCAUGAUGUUUUUUUUUUCAUAUAUUUACCUAAAGGAGUUUUAUUGUGUGUGAAUGGCUUGGGUUAGCAGUGUUGCAACGAUGACACAAUUUCUUUGUUUGCUGCCCUUUGAUUUAAAUUGUAAUCAAUAAGUAAAGUGCAUCUUAAAAUGUUGAAAAGUCAAGUCAGAUUAUUGUCUUUGUAUAAUAUAUUGCAUCCGGGAAUUAUUUCUUGGCAAUUUAUUCUCGGGUGUAAGGGAAAGCUAAAUAUAAUUUCGGUUCAGUU